CGGAUGUAAUCCAACCCAUUCCAAUAUGGGAAGGCGAGUUAGUUACAUGAGAAUUGAAUCAGAACGAAGCCCUAAUAAGCUUCAUCUCUGUUAAUUGAAGAUUAAAAGUUUUCUUUUUGAAUACCCAAUAAAUCUCUGAUAUUGAACUUUUGGUAUUCUUUUUCAUAUCGCGAUUGGAUCAAUUAAUUCUCUUUGCAGCUCUAAUUUCCUCAUCUAAUUCUCUCGAACGUGUUGGAAUUAACAGAGAGCUGUAAUCGAAGUUCGACUGUCUCCAUGGCCAAAAGCUCCUUCAAGUUGGAACAUCCAUUGGAGAGGAGGCAAGCAGAAGCUGCUCGUAUCAGGGAAAAGUAUCAUGACAGAAUACCGGUAAUUGUGGAGAAGGCUGAAAGGAGUGAUGUUCCUGAUAUUGAUAAGAAGAAGUAUCUUGUGCCAGCUGAUUUGACCGUGGGACAGUUUGUCUAUGUUGUCCGAAAAAGGAUUAAGCUCAGUGCUGAAAAAGCUAUAUUUGUCUUCGUGAAUAAUACCUUACCUCCAACUGCUGCAUUGAUGUCUGCAAUCUAUGAGGAUAACAAGGAUGAAGAUGGUUUUCUUUACAUGACUUACAGUGGGGAGAAUACUUUUGGAUCUCACCAAGAGCAGCAGAAAUUGUCUGUGUAAAUGGAAACAGGAAGAUGUAAAUUCUCAGCUGUCAAGAUUUAAGGCUCUAUUUAGCUUAUAUAUUCUUUUCUUCUUGUCUUGGAUGUAUGCUAUUAAGGAUGCUGGAAGAAGUUUGACUUGGAACUGAGUGGAAUCAUUUAAAUUCUAGUGAUCUUGUUUUCUUUCA